GCCCGGGAGCACGGUGCGGGGCGGCUGCGGGGACGGGCCGGGGUCUCUUGCACGCCUGGCCGCCAGCCUGGCGGUGGUGUGCGUUAAGCCCCAUCCCGGGAAGGGGCGGCGGGGGUGACCCCCUUUCCUCUCGGCUCGGCAGGAGGCAUGGCGCUCUGGCGGGCGUACCAGCGGGCGCUGACCGCUCACCCUUGGAAAACGCAGGUGCUGACGGCCGGGUCCCUCAUGGGCCUGGGGGACGCCGUCUCGCAGCAGCUGGUGGAGAGACGAGGCCUGCGCGAGCACCAGGCCACUCGCACCCUCACCAUGUUCUCCCUGGGCUGCGGCUUCGUGGGCCCCGUGAUUGGAGGCUGGUACCGGGUUCUGGACCGGCUCGUCCCCGGCACCACCAAGGUGGAUGCACUCAAGAAGAUGUUGCUGGACCAGGGGGCCUUCGCCCCUUGCUUCCUGGGCUGUUUCCUCCCCCUGGUGGGAGCACUCAAUGGGCUGUCAGCCCAGGCCAACUGGGCCAAGCUGCAGCGGGAUUACCCUGAUGCCCUCGUCACCAACUACUAUCUGUGGCCUGCCGUGCAGUUGGCCAACUUCUACCUGGUGCCACUCCAGUACAGGUUGGCUGUUGUGCAGUGUGUGGCUGUGGUCUGGAACUCCUACCUCUCCUGGAAGGCGCAUCAGCUCUAGGCCGCUGGACUCCAUCGUCCCCCACAGCAGAGAGGCGGCCUGGCCCCGGGAUGGGCAUCCCGACCCCUUCGGGCAGCACAGCCGUUUCCCUGGGCUUCACUUGCACGUUAGCAGUAAGACAUGGCCCGGGAAGGUAACAACUCCUGCAGAACUCUAGAAGCUUUAUUUUUGCUUUGGGGUUAGUGUUUGUUUGGGCCACACCCGGAUCUGCUCAGGGGUUACUCCUCGCUCUGCAUUCAGGAAUCACUCCUAGGGGGUUCGGGAGGCCAUAUGGGAUGCUGGGGCUUAACCCAGGUUGGCUGGAGCAGCUUUAGAAUGGCCUCCCACCCCACCACGGGUCAGCACUCUGUGAAUCUUCGUUGAACAAUGUGUCAGCAUCCAUUUACAUUCAUAUGUCCACAAAUGCCAGCAAGCCCACCUUGUCAGCACACGGGUUUCUCUGACCCUGCCCUUAUCCAGACGAUGGUUUCAGCUCCCCUUUAAGCCUCCAUACCUGUGAGUAAAGACACGGUCAGCUCCACAGAGGCUGGACAUCAGAGCCGGCAGAUAACAGCUGGGACACUACUGCUUCUAGAAAGAAACCUAGAGACCGCCCAGCCCAGCCUUGCACAGAUGAGGACAGGAGGUGACCUGCUGCGUCAGAAAUCAGUGCUUAGUGGACAUGCACAGACAGCACCCCCGAACCCACGCCCCCAUUCAUAUGGAAAGACCAGGGUGGUGGAAUGGGGCCUUGGGGGGAGAGGGGGACCCCUCAUGCACGAGUCCUCAAGAAAUCAGUGCCUUAUGAGAGCCUCGGGUGGGCUGGGGCAGGGUGCCAUCUCUGACCCAGAAAGUGGGCCCUCCAGACCAAGCCCGGGGGCCCUGACCUUGAACUUGCAGCCUUCUGUUGAGAGCAA